AGCAAGAAUUUAGGUGCAUCCAUGAUAUGAUAUAACGCGGCUCUUAUUAGUUAUUAUUAGCAUCACAUUCACACGAAGUACAAUCAGCAUUCAAUCUCAGAAUCUGCACAGUACUACCACUGACAAACUUGAGCACCUUCACCUUGUGAGAGAAAGAGAAACUGAUCUGAGAUGGGUGGAGAAAAUAGUGUAGAUGGAAAAGAGAAGAGUAAAAGUGAUGAUGAGGCAACCGCAUCAGAGAAUCAAGGAGAAACAAAAACCGUGAACGGUGAAAAAGAGGAUCAGAAGGGAAAGAAAAAUGAGAAGCAGGAAACGGUGCCGUUUCACAAGCUGUUUUACUUUGCAGACUCCACAGACAUUCUUUUGAUGGUAGCUGGGACCAUUGGUGCGAUUGGAAAUGGCAUGGGUUUGCCUCUCAUGACGCUCCUCUUUGGUCAAAUGAUUAAUAGCUUCGGUGCUAACCAGCAAAAUUCAAACGUGGUGGAUGAAGUUUCCAAGGUUGCUUUAAAAUUUGUGUACUUGGCAAUUGGAAGUGGGGUGUCAGCGUUCCUCCAGGUUAGUUGCUGGAUGGUCACAGGAGAGAGACAAGCAGCAAGAAUCAGGGGAUUGUAUUUGAAGACUAUACUGAGACAAGAUGUUGCUUUCUUUGAUAGAGAAACAAACACUGGUGAGGUGGUUGGGAGGAUGUCCGGUGACACAGUUCUCAUACAAGAUGCCAUGGGUGAGAAGGUUGGGAAGUUUAUUCAGCUAGUAGCAACAUUUAUUGGUGGAUAUGUGGUUGCAUUUAUCAAAGGGUGGCUUCUUACUGUUGUGAUGUUGUCCACUCUUCCACUUCUUGUUGUGGCUGGUGCUGCCAUGGCCAUAGGCAUAAGCAAGAUGGCUUCCAGGGGUCAAGCUGCAUAUGCAAAAGCUGCACAUGUUGUUGAACAAACUAUUGGCUCAAUAAGAACUGUUGCAUCCUUUACAGGGGAAAAACAAGCAGUAUCUGAUUAUGACAAGCAUCUUGUGGAAGCCUACAAAUCAGGACUACAAGAAGGUUCCAUGGAAGGGUUUGGUCUAGGCACAAUGAUGCUUUUUAUCUUCUGUGGCUAUUCUCUGGCUGUAUGGUUUGGCGCAAAGAUGGUAAUGGAAAAGGGAUAUAACGGCGGCACGGUGAUUAAUGUCAUUGUUGCCGUGUUAACUGCUUCCAUGUCUCUUGGUCAGGCAUCUCCUAGCUUGAGCGCUUUCGCGGCAGGUCAGGCUGCGGCAUACAAAAUGUUUCAGACAAUUGAGAGGAAGCCGGAGAUAGAUUCAUAUGAUCCGAGUGGAAAGACAUUGGAGGAUAUCCAAGGUGACAUUGUGUUAAGAGAUGUUUGUUUCAGUUAUCCAUCAAGACCUGAGGAAUUGAUAUUCAAUGGACUCUCCCUUCAUAUACCGAGUGGCACCACUGCAGCUUUAGUCGGAGAAAGUGGAAGUGGAAAGUCCACAGUUAUCAGUUUGAUAGAAAGAUUCUAUGAUCCACAAGCUGGUGAGGUUCUCAUUGAUGGCAUCAACUUGAAAGAGUUUCAGCUUAGGUGGAUCAGAGGAAAAAUCGGCCUUGUUAGCCAGGAGCCGGUUUUGUUUGCGUCUAGCAUUAGGGAGAAUAUUGCAUAUGGAAAGGAAGGAGCAACAACUGAGGAGAUCAAAGCAUCCACUGAACUCGCAAAUGCUGCCAAGUUCAUCGAUAAAUUGCCACAGGGAUUGGACACAAUGGUUGGUGAGCAUGGAGUUCAGUUGUCCGGGGGACAGAAGCAGCGCAUUGCCAUAGCGAGAGCGAUCCUGAAAGAUCCGAGGAUUCUGCUUCUAGAUGAAGCCACAAGUGCACUGGAUGCAGAGUCCGAAAGAGUAGUGCAAGAGGCUCUAGAUAGGAUCAUGGUUAACCGAACUACUGUGGUAGUCGCACAUCGCCUCAGCACAGUGAGGAAUGCUGAAAUGAUUGCUGUGAUUCAUAGAGGGAAGAUGGUUGAGCAAGGUACACACCUAGAAUUACUCAAGGAUCCUGAGGGAGCUUACUCUCAGCUUGUACGCUUACAACAAGUAAACAAGGAAUCAAAAGAAAGUGUAGAUCAUCAAAGCAAGAAUGAACUUUCAUCAGAGUCUUUUAGACAAUCCAGUCAAAGGAAAUCACUCCAAAGAUCUAUCAGCAGGGGAUCAUCGAUAGGGAACAGCAGCCGCCACUCGUUUAAUGUUUCGUUCGGUUUGCCUACUGGAGUUAAUGCCCCUGAUCCUGACCAUGAAAUAUUCGAAGCUAAGGAAGAAGCGCCGGAGGUUCCACUACUGCGCCUGGCCACCCUCAACAAGCCGGAGAUUCCAGUUCUUCUGAUUGGAUGUUUAGCAGCCGUAGGAAAUGGAGUCAUAUUUCCAAUAUUCGGAGUCUUGCUUUCUAGUGUGAUCAAAACAUUCUAUGAGCCAUUUCAUGAGAUGAGAAAGGACUCAAGGUUUUGGUCACUAAUGUUUGUUGUACUUGGCCUUGCAUCGUUUUUUAUGAUUCCGGCCCGUGCAUACUUCUUUUCUGUGGCUGGAUCAAAGUUAAUUCAACGUAUAAGGUUAAUGUGUUUCGAGAAGGUUGUCAACAUGGAAGUUGGUUGGUUUGAUGAGCCGGAUAACUCAAGCGGCACCAUUGGCGCAAGGCUCUCGGCCGAUGCUGCAUCGGUUCGUGCCCUUGUUGGCGAUGCACUUGGGCUCUUAGUUAAUAACAUAGCAUGCGCGUUGGCUGGUUUAAUCAUCGCCUUCGUCGCCAGCUGGCAGUUGGCAUUGAUUGUUCUUGUCUUGCUUCCCCUGGUUGGUAUAAAUGGAUAUGUUUCAGUGAAAUUCAUGAAAGGAUUUAGUGCAGAUGCAAAGGUGAUGUACGAGGAAGCAAGCCAAGUUGCUAAUGAUGCAGUUGGAAGCAUAAGAACUGUUGCCUCAUUCUGUGCUGAAGACAAGGUUAUGGAACUAUAUAGGAAGAAAUGUGAAGGCCCUAUGAAAUCAGGGAUCAGACAAGGGGUGAUUAGUGGAUCAGGAUUCGGUAUUUCAUUUUUCUUUAUGUUUUGUGUCUAUGCAACAAGUUUCUAUGCCGGAGCUAGGUUAAUGAAGGCCGGGAAGGCGACAUUCUCAGAUGUUUUCCGGGUUUUCUUUGCGUUAACUAUGGCUGCUAUUGGAGUAUCCCAAUCAAGUUCCUUUGCCCCUGACUCAAGCAAAGCCAAGUCAGCUGCUGCUUCUAUAUUUGGAAUAAUUGAUAGGAAAUCAAAGAUAGAUCCUAGUGAUGAGUCCGGUAGAACCUUGGAUACCGUCAGGGGCGAUAUAGAGAUUUGUCACGUAAGCUUCAAGUAUCCAUCUCGGCCAGAUGUACAAAUUUUCCGGGAUCUUAGCCUGGCUAUCCAUUCUGGCAAGACAGUGGCACUUGUUGGAGAAAGUGGAAGUGGGAAAUCAACAGUGAUAUCGUUGUUACAGAGAUUUUAUGAGCCAGAUUCAGGUGAAAUCACACUGGAUGGUGUAGAAAUAAGGCAGUUACAGCUCAAGUGGUUACGGCAACAAAUGGGACUUGUAAGCCAAGAACCAGUGUUGUUCAAUGAAUCCAUCCGUGCAAAUAUUGCUUAUGGAAAAGGUGGGAAUGCAACUGAAUCAGAAAUCAUAGCUGCUGCAGAAUUGGCCAAUGCACAUAGGUUUAUCAGUGGUUUACAUCAGGGAUAUGACACUAUAGUGGGAGAGAGGGGAACCCAAUUGUCUGGUGGGCAAAAGCAACGUGUAGCUAUAGCACGUGCCAUAAUCAAAAGUCCAAAGAUAUUACUAUUAGAUGAAGCAACAAGUGCAUUAGAUGCAGAGUCAGAAAGAGUUGUCCAAGAUGCAUUAGACAAAGUCAUGGUCAACAGGACCACCGUGGUCGUGGCACACCGCUUAUCCACAAUAAAAAACGCUGAUGUUAUUGCUGUGGUGAAGAACGGAGUUAUAGUAGAGAAAGGAAGACAUGAAACAUUGAUUAAUGUUAAGGAUGGAUUUUAUGCAUCUUUAGUUCAACUUCACACAAGUGCUUCAACUGUGUGAAUUUUGCCAUUUAUUAUUAUUAUUAUUAUUAUUAUACCUAAUCUCUAUCUCGCUUCCAUGUAAGAAAAUUGUUUCAAACAUGAAUAGAAUACGGGCAGUCGCCUACAAUAUAGUAAUUUGUGAUGAAAUA